AUGGUAACCAGUCUUUCAAACCUAGGCUACGAGACUUUGGCGUACAUCUUGACAUUCGCCUUGCCAAGCGACGUCGAAUCAAUCACUGUGGCUUCACCUGUGGUCGCCCGAGACGUGAUUCCGUUCUACCCGAGCAUAUGGGAGCAUAUCUUUCGUCAGCGCUGGGAAGCGUUAAACUUUCAGUUGGACGGCGACGUGCCGGUGCAAAUUAACAAAUAUUUGGAUGCCCUCUUCCCUACCUCGUGUACUUUAAGUCGCAAAUUGCAAUUGCUGACCCAUGCCAUCAAACCCGUGCCUUCCUUUGCUGAUAUCAGGCAGACACAAAAAGCUUCAGGUUACAAAAAGGCUGAUCACAGAAUUAUUUCUUUAGAUGCACCAUACACAAGUCAAUUGAAACCUGUCGACUUUGCUCUAGAUGGCGUAGUUCUGGGAGACGAUCGAUGUGUUCGAGCGAAUUUGCCAUUCUUGACCACAUUUUACGUUGCAGUUAUCAAGCGGAACUUACAUGAAGAUGGUCAUGAAGCUGGACAGUCACGACCAGUAUACGAAGUCGGCGUAGUCUCAGGAGGAUACUUCGAGCUUAGCUUGUCGAAACGCCAGCAUCGAAAUAUAACAAAUCUUUCUGAACUUGAACAUGAAGCUAUGACGUCAAUUGGUCUCGUGAGCUCAAGAUUUCCACUGGUGGGCAAGCAACCAGGAUGGACCCGAACUUCAUACGGAUACCAUGGUGACGACGGCUGUUUCUACCACGGCACUUCGUUUGAGCUGGGCCGGCCUUUAGGUCCGACUUUCAGGGCUAAUUGUACAGUUGGGUGCGGCAUUCGCGUUGACAUGAGAACCGGAGCAGCUCAAGCGUUUUUCGCAAAUAACGGCAGGCUCAUUCAUGGUGGAACUCAUGGAGCGUAUAUGGAGUGUGAGCAUCAAGAGUGGUACCCAGCUGUUGGAUUGGACUCAUAUGACGCGUUGCACUUAAACUUUGGACAAGAGCCGUUCAAGUACAUUACGAUCGCAGAUGAGCUCUUUAGACAGUGCAUAGACAUGGGAAAUGUCGUGUCGAAACACCUUCAGUGGCGUGAGUUAAGUGAUACAUGCGUCGCGGCCAAAGACGUCGAUAAUGAUCUGGAUUCGAAUGUUGAAAUUCCUCGCAAGCGCAAAUUUCUUUUAAUUUAA